GAUUAACGGUCAGAAACUUCCGUAGUCUGCGUUAACUCUACGGCUGGUGGAGUGCGUGAGUUCUGUUUAAACCUGAAUGCAGGUGGUGUUUCUAUCAGUAACGCUACUGGCCGUAAGGGUCGCAGCAAUCUCUGACACUUCGGACACCCCAGGCCGCUGCUGUGAGCUUCACCGCACCCCAUGCUGCAGGUCCUGCUACACAUCCAUCCCAGGGACUCUAUGUUACUGCGACCAACCCUGCAACAGCGACUACGGCAAAUGCUGCCCAGAUGAUCGCUACGUUUGCUUGACCGAGGCCUCUGAAGAAUGUAUGUUUGAGAUACCAACAAACGAGGCUUUUCCAGGCUUGGUUUUUGCCAACGUGGAUUUUUCACGCAGACCGCAUUAUCACGAAUUCGACACUACGCUUCCCCCAACAUCUACUCUUCAAUAUGUCUACGCGAUUUUUAGACAUGGAAUAAGAUCGCCUGUACAUGAGCCAUACCCAACGAGUCCAAACGCUUGGUUAUAUGAAAAGGUUUUCCCAGGAGUUCGAGGAAAACUUACUAAGGCUGGCAUUAGACAAAUGUAUAACGUCGGAAAAGAUUUAAAGACAAGAUAUGGAGAUUUUGUUGGGGACUACAGUCAAGAGAAGGUCCACGUGACUGCAUCCAACAUGAGCACCAGGACUGUGGUGUCUCCCAUCAGUGUGAUGGCCGGUUUGUUCCCUCCUGCCGCCCCGAUACUCAAACAUUUACCGACCUGGCAGCCCAUCCCUGUCUGCGAGAACUCUACGGAAUUCGAUAAAGUUUAUUUAUAUGAUUCUCCUAACAUCGCCAAGUACACAUGUCCAAAAAUUGCAGCCAUAGCCGCAGCAGCUGUUAAUAUGUCCGAGCAACCCGAUCGUAGAAAAGAUCGUCAACUGAUUUAUAAACUGCUGCGAGAAAAUAGUGGAAACCCAGAAAUGGAUUCAAUAUUGUCUGUCGGAAACAUCUAUGACGUUAUACUCUUUGAGAGCUUAAAUUGGCUUCCACAACCUGAGUGGGUUAUUGAACCAAGGCCAGAGUUGGAUAACAAACCCCUCUUCCCCGAUCUUCUAGAACCUAUUGACUUAGAAUUCUAUUAUAACAACAUUUACUUCAAACACAAACAGAGCUGCCUACAGUUUAUUUCAGGGCCACUACUGUACAGUAUUCACCAACAACUGAAAAAACACGAAGUGCCAGGAGAAGAAAAGUUCAGGUUUCACGGAACAUCUGAUUUUGCAAUAAUGGGUGUGCUGUGUGGUAUGGGGGUAGACGUGAGGGCAAUCAUUGACCCCGGCGAUGGUGUCUUGUUCGAGGUUCAUCAAGAGAACCUAAUCUCAAAAGUCAAGGUCCUAUAUUACCAUUCUAUGAGUCAUACCCUCGAAAGACUGAUUCUGAGAAGAUGUCCCGAUCCGUGUACUGUGAAGGAAUUUAUCAGGAAAUUCCCAGGACUCUCACCAGAACGGUGGACAGAAUUGUGUUUCUCGGAUGAUCCCUGCCCUCCAGCUGAAGAUUUUGAGAAAACAAAUUUAUACGAUUUUUAAAAGCCUACUUUGAUCUGGACCGUUUUAAUUAAUUAAUUUAAUAAAGUUUUAUAAUAUAUUUUA